AUGAUGGCAAAAUAUGGGGAUGUCAACCACGGGAAAUUUUUUAUCAGUGUCCGAACAAUUGACAAAGGAUUCGAAGAGUUUGUUGAGGAUGGGAACCCUGGCACCGCCGCGACAAUAUACGACACCGACGGUGAAAUGAUAUGGCAGGGCCCUCACCAAAAGACCAUGGACUUCAAAAUGCAGAGGUUGUUUGGCCAGGACGUCAUUACCUACUGGUCUGGUGAGACUGGUGUGGUAGGCUACGGCUAUGGCUGUGUCCAUAUUCUCGAUACCUCAUACAACGAGAUCUAUACAGUCACCCUCAACAACAACUUUAACACACAUGACGGUGUUGAACGCGACACCUACGUCGAUGUCCAUGAACACCUCAUUACGCCGCAGAAUACAAUAAUUCUCUCCGCUAUCAAUGUCUCUCAGGCGGACACGAGUGACAGACCUGGCGGCUUCCCGGACACCUGGGUUAUCGACUGCCAAUUCUACGAAGUCAACAUCACAACCAACGAGAUCCUCUUCUCAUGGAGCGCCCUAGAUCACCCUGACUAUCUCCCACUAGCGGACUCCAAGAAUAGCCUUGGCCAGACGGGGAAAAAACGCGAAAAUCCGUGGGACGCCUUCCACAUGAACUCGGUCCAGCCGGUUGCUGGCGGCUAUGUGGCUUCGAUUCGGUUCUGGUGGUCUGCAUUUUGCGUUAGUCAAAAUGGGACAUUGCGCUGGCAGCUCUCAGGCGGUGGUCCCGAAGAAGGCACGAUCGAAAACGACGCGUACUUUGCCUGGCAACAUGAUAUUCGCGUUUACAAUGAAACAGACGAGAGCUUAGUGCUUACUGUGUUUGACAACCAUGCCAGGAUGUUCGACGGACCUAGCGGGGAGACAACAGGAAUGGUUAUCGACGUGGAUCUCGUGAACAUGAAGGGCUCAACGGUCCGCCGUGUGAACUCGGCCGCAUCCGAUCCGAGUGAGUCUCGGACGCAAGGGAGCUUUCAGCUGCUCGACUACGAUACGACAGGCCACAUGUUCAUGGGAUAUGGGUCGAUGUGCAAGUUCAAGGAGUACGACGGCGAUGGGAAGAUCGUGCAGAUGGGGCAGUUUGGCUAUAUUGGCCAUGCGCAGUCCUAUCGCCUCUUAAAGUAUCCUUGGAAGGCGAUUCCGUACUGGAAGCCCGACGUCGUGGCCAAGCGUAUCUCCCAAUUCACGACCGACACGACCCUAUAUAUGAGCUGGAACGGUGCAACCGAGCACGACAACUGGAAUAUCUACAGCGUUCCCGACUUCGACUCCACUAUCGAUGAUGCCACGUUCCUAGUCAACCAUCCUCGAUAUGGCUUCGAGACACCAGUGUCACUGCGCCUUCCCGAAGUCAAGUACAUCAUUGUUGAGGCUCGGCAAGGUGAAAAAGUCUUGAGCACUUCUGAAACUGCGACGGUCCAGCCAAUGGAGGUUUUUGACAAGUAA